AUGUAUUUACCAGAUUUGAUUCCCCGUGAUGCGCAUCACCUGUGGAUGCUGGAGUCCAACAUAAGGCAGUCUACAAAACUCCAGGAGAGAGAUUCUGAAAUCAAUGCAAGCCGAUUUCCGCCACUGUCUUCGUAUUCACCUGCAUUUCCAACGCCGAUCAGAAUGUCAGACAUGACUAGUGGGUUGUUAAUAUUACCUUCGGAACAAGCAAGUAAUACUACAUUAGAGUAUUUGGCAACUUCGAUAUCUCGAGAUCUGAAAUAUCUCAGCGACCUUAAUAAAGUUGGCUAUAGUUAUUUGAAACCUAUGGGACUUGAGAAAACCUUGAAGCAGUUAUGUGAAGAACAACAUCAAGACGAUGAUCCUAUCAACUUCGAAGGUGGGGACGUGUUCACAGCUGCAGAUGAAGACGAAGAAGUGGAUAACAUGGUUGGUAACAGUGUUGAAGAACUCACCCAUUCCCUUCACUUGAACAACAAUACAGAAACUGAUCUUGAUGCUGGUGUCCCAAACAAUGAUGUCUACCCUCUGGAUUUCGACACUAACGGUGAUGGUGAUGAUGAUGAUGAUGAUGAUGACGAUAAUGAUGAUAAUGAUGAUAUUGAUGGUGAUAGUGAUGGCGGCGACGGCAUUAUGCGUAAUGACAAUGCUGUCAUCAAUGAUCCGGAAGCGUUCAUGGCCUCUGAGGAAUAUCAAGAUGAUCAUAGCAUCUCAAUUAAUUGCCCGGUGGAGUAUAAUUCGAAUUCUCCCACAGCAUAUGAUGCUACUGAUAACGUACUACUCCAUUCCGGGCCUCUUACAUCGACGACUGCGACGACUGAAACAUCAGCAUCAAACCAAAUAAGAAUUGGUCACACUGGUCGGGAAGGUGAUACUGCAACAGGCGAUACCUCUCCACAAACUCCAUAUAUUCUUUGGCAUGACCCUGCUGACUUACAGGACAGUCCCUGUCUACGAUCCCCAGGGCUGAGAAUAGAUCUUCGUGCGAACACCGCCAGGUCAUCUGAUUAUGAUAUGACUAUAGAGUAA